ACAGGCGAGUUUUGGAACUACGGCCGCUCACGUGACCUUCAUAAGAGAGGGGGCAGGACCCAGGCUCACCGCAUUCGUCCGUCGCUUCAUCCACUUCGUCGUGUGAGCUGACUUGUAGUAGUUCUCCGUGUCGGGAGCUACCAAUUUAAACUCAAAAGUUCAUCAGCAAACUUAAUCGCUCACAAUGGGUAAGGAGAAGGUUCACAUUAACAUCGUCGUCAUCGGCCAUGUCGACUCCGGCAAGUCCACCACCACCGGACACUUGAUCUACAAGUGCGGUGGUAUCGACAAGCGUACCAUCGAGAAGUUCGAGAAGGAAGCUCAGGAGAUGGGCAAGGGCUCCUUCAAGUACGCCUGGGUGCUGGACAAGCUCAAGGCCGAGCGUGAACGUGGUAUCACCAUCGACAUUGCUCUGUGGAAGUUCGAGACCGCCAAGUAUUACGUCACCAUCAUUGAUGCCCCUGGCCACAGGGAUUUCAUCAAGAACAUGAUCACUGGUACUUCUCAGGCUGACUGCGCUGUCCUGAUCGUUGCUGCCGGUACUGGUGAAUUCGAAGCCGGUAUCUCCAAGAACGGCCAGACCCGCGAGCACGCUCUGCUUGCCUUCACCCUUGGUGUCAAGCAGCUGAUCGUUGGUGUGAACAAGAUGGACUCCACCGAGCCCCCCUUCAGCGAAGCUCGUUUCGAGGAAAUCAAGAAGGAAGUCUCCUCCUACAUCAAGAAGAUCGGUUACAACCCCGCUGCUGUCGCCUUCGUGCCCAUCUCCGGCUGGCACGGCGACAACAUGUUGGAGCCCUCUGCCAAGAUGGGCUGGUACAAGGGAUGGGCUGUCGAGCGCAAGGAAGGCAAGGCUGACGGCAAGUGCCUGAUUGAGGCUCUUGACGCCAUCCUCCCCCCCAGCCGCCCCACAGACAAGGCCCUGCGUCUGCCCCUGCAGGACGUGUACAAGAUUGGUGGUAUUGGAACCGUCCCCGUCGGCCGUGUGGAGACUGGUCUCCUGAAGCCCGGUAUGGUUGUCACCUUCGCCCCCGCCAACAUCACCACUGAAGUCAAGUCUGUGGAGAUGCACCACGAAGCCCUCGUCGAGGCUGUUCCCGGCGACAACGUCGGCUUCAACAUCAAGAACGUCUCCGUCAAGGAACUUCGUCGUGGUUACGUCGCUGGUGACUCCAAGGCCAACCCCCCCAAGGGAGCUGCUGACUUCACCGCCCAGGUCAUCGUGCUGAACCACCCUGGUCAGAUCUCCAACGGCUACACCCCUGUGCUGGAUUGCCACACCGCCCACAUUGCCUGCAAGUUCUCCGAGAUCAAGGAGAAGUGCGACCGUCGUACCGGCAAAACCACCGAGGAGAACCCUAAGGCCAUCAAGUCUGGUGAUGCUGCCAUCGUCAUCCUGGUGCCCUCCAAGCCCAUGUGUGUCGAGUCCUUCCAGGAGUUCCCUCCCCUUGGUCGCUUCGCCGUCCGUGACAUGAGACAGACCGUCGCUGUCGGUGUUAUCAAGAGCGUGAACUUCAAGGAUCCUUCCUCCGGCAAGGUCACCAAGGCUGCUGAGAAGGCCCAGAAGAAGAAAUAACUAGGCGUGUUGGAUGCAAUCAAGUUCUGUGGACUGGCAACAUCUCGGCACAUCCAGUCCGUCACCUCUAAGCUGCCGCAUACACACUUAUUGUGGAAACGCCCUGUCAAAGGGGUCCUGAAACAUUGUUUCCAUCGUAAAGAGUUAAGGAGGAAAGCCUGGUGGUAGUUAACUUUGUGUUUAUAUUAUCAUGGAGAUUAUGUGAUAGCCAAAUUUUUUUUAUUUUUUCAAUGUUUUCACUUUGAGUGGUACUAUUUAUUAGGUGGUGUUGUAAGGUGAAUGGGAGAUUUUUUGAUAUGACAGACUCAAAGUUGCAACUUCAGGUAUUCAAAAUUUAGACUAGUUGACUUCCUAGGCUAUAUACCUUACCCAUGUAUGUAUGAAGUCAUGUGCGACUGGAGUUCAUCCUUUGCCAAUAAAUGCUGAUGACAACAAAA